AUGUCCAUUCGUACAGUACCUAAUAUUUUAAAAAAUAAUGCAAAAGUGCAUAGAACUUCUGGGGCAACUACAGUAGAAAAAAAGAAAACUCUUAUUAACACAAAACAAAAUGCACAAACGAUGAUCAAUUCUACUACAAUGUUGAAUAAUUCUUCUCUUAUAAAAAAAUGUCAUAAAAGAAAAGUUAAAAGUAAAAGAUUGUCUGGAAGAAGAAAACAAGAACACUUUCUCAAGGAAAUGUAUAAUUUUCCCAAUUGGGAUAUUUAUUCACUAAUUGAUGAUCGAAAAGAAGUGUUAAGUAAAAAUUUAUUUACAUCUACAGAAGUAGAACCCCCUAUGCAACAGGAGACAAUAAAAAUGUUCAUUGAUACACAACAUAUAAAACAGGAAAUACCUGUUUCUGAAAGUGAACAAGAAACAAAUUUGCUGUCUCCAGUCUCAUACAAUAUACCCAAAGAAUUUAUUCCUGAGUCUUACACUUUCUCUGAUCCACAAAAGAAUGAACCAAAUGAUUUGCAAAAUCCAAUUGACUUCUCAAGCAAUGAAAUAUUCAGUAAAUUCAACUAUGAAUCAUAUGAAACCAAUAGCUUGGAUUACCUCACAGAAUAUACAUUGAGCUCUGAUGAGACACAUCACUCAUCAAGUGAAAUCUAUGAUAAUGACAUAUAUGAAAAAAAACAUGACAUAAAUGGGAAUGAGGUUGAUAUGUAUGAGACAAAAUAUUCCUCUUUGAUACAAGACAAAGAGAAUGAUAAUGAUGUUUUAGUAAAUCAUUCCCUAAUGUCUUCAAAACAUUGGAGCAAUGAUAUAUCAGUUUUCAGUGAUAAAAAACUAAACUGUUCAUCUGAUCUUUAUUGUGGUUGCUCUCUGGAAAAUUAUGCUUUACACGAAAUGACAAUCAAUGAAGUAAAAAAUGAAAUAUUUACAGAAACUCUAAAUGAACCUUUAGUUACUAUGAAUAAUAACACAGACAGUAAAAUCAAUUUCAAUGAUUUAAAUUCAUAUUCUACCUUUAAUGAAGAAAUAUUGUCCCAGAAUCCAAUAGGAAGUACAACAUUACCAUUAACUGGAUUUAUAAAUUUUUUUAAUGAGAUAAAGAAAGAGAAAACAGAAAUACCUAGUACAGUAAAACAAAAAUGUAUCACAUUUAAUGAUUCUAAUGAUACAUCUUUCUCUGAGCCUGAUUUUAAUAUACUUUCCUGCAAUUCUGCAGAGGAAGUGAGACAUUACUCCACAGAUAUACUAUCAACUGUAAAUAACAAAGAAUUUAAAUGUUCAUUAUGUUCCCUGAUAUUUUCAACUACGCGUGCAAUGGCGAUGCAUCUGGCUGCAGCACACGGAGGCAUAAAUCAUCCCUAAUUCAUCAUUUAAAAACACAC